AUGUCGAGUGCGGAUGAUGGUGAACGUGGGGGCACUGCAGCUGCACCCUCGCGCGCAACCUCCGCCGUCCACUCACCUGCCGACCACUCCCAUCAUUCUUCGGCCUCUACAUCACAGCCCUCUUCCACUCUUGACGAUACAGACUUCUCGACCUGGUCAAGCAGCUUGGGAUCUCAUACCGUAAAUACCUUUUCCACCAGCCAGUCGCCCGCCUAUUUGUUCUCGACCGACACCUCCAUCAACACCGGUGCCCAUACCUCCCAAGCUACCAAAGCCGCAGAUUCCAGCCUCAGUCCCAACCUGGAUCUCUCCACCCCAGACGUCCUUGCUCGCAAUGAGUCGCUGUUACGGGACGCCGUCUUCCCAGAGUGGAAGGACGAUACCCCUUCCUCCGUCCUCGACAGUCCAGAAGAGAUGCAGAAGAAGGACCCUCUAGGCACUCAGAUAUGGAAAUUGUAUAGUCGGACCAAGUCUCGCCUCCCAAACCAGGAGCGCAUGGAAAACUUGACUUGGCGGAUGAUGGCUAUGAAUCUACGCCGGCGAGAGCAACAGCAGGCAGCGUACGGGAAAUCGACCCCGGUGGGCAGCGACCGUCCAAGCGCUGUGACUGACCAUCUUUCUAGAGCAAAACAAGCACAGUUCAAAAGUCCUACUCCUCCUUCCUCCGGUCCUAGCGGCAUAGCACAGCAGCUCCGCAAGUCCGUGGACAAGUCUGCUGAAUUCGAGCAAACCACAGAUCCUAUGAACCUCGACGACUUUAUAGUGCCGAGCUCGGUCGCCUCUCCAGCAGGGAUAACGUCUCCUGCUCCGUCAGAGACGGUCGGCCGAUCAAUGAUGGCACAGGCCCCUCCUAUUCCCAUUGCUUCCCGUAACAAACCCCAAGUCCAGAUUCCCAAGAAUCUACCCCCGUCGUCAAUGCCUCAGACCUCUAUCCCAACACACCGGACAUCAGAAUUUGAGUACGUAAAGAAGAGAGUCCGCAAGACGAGCAUUGACGAGAGGAGGGGUAAUCGCAAGCGUCCGGCAGAGUUCUCUCCUCAAGUACCUCCUCUACCUGCACCUCAUGCUACCAACGGUACCGAAAUGGACACUGGUGUACCUGAUUACGCGCUUGAUCAAUCAUCAGCAGCCCAAUUCCCGGGCCAACCUAGCUUUCCCGGGUCAAUGUCUCUUCACCUAGAUUCUUUCCACCUGAGCGACGACCCAAUUCUAACAUCUGCUGGGCCAUUCCAACAAAACUUUGCGUUUUCCCCCGCCGCCUCGCCCAUGGUCACCAACGGGCCGUUCUCGAAUGUGUAUACGCAAUCAUCAAUGGCUUCGUCCUUAAACUCGGCGGACUUUUAUUCCCCGCCUCAAUCCGGCUAUGCUUCUGCUGUUUCAACGCCCCAGCCAGGCCACGAAGUAGAUGGUCAGGGAUUUUACUUUGACCAUAGUGGCCACACACGGACCAUGCCCUUUUAUCCAUCUCACCGAGGGAACCAUUUGAUGACCCCCUCGGCACCGCAGUUUGCGUAUGGAUCCAACAAUGAACAAGUGUAUUCCCUAAUGAACGGGGUAGCUUCGACACAGACGGCAACUGGGUUUUCGAUGCAGCAACACGUUGAUCCUUCUCGGGUGCUGGUGCCGGAAUAUGGACGACGAGUCUCUCCAGGAAUUUCUGUGGCCGGAAAUGACAACUUGUUCCAGUUCGGCGCCGAUUCUGAUGCGGAAGAUGAGGACGCCAAUUUCGCAAUGAUCCAAUCUGAAUAUGGCCAGAUCAGCGACCCAACAUUGGACCUAAGCUCGGGUUUGCAAUGGGAUCCCAAUGUUGCCGAUUACAGUAGCAUGCAGCGAUUCGGCAGCGCUCCGGGGAAACAGGUGAGAAUUGGAGGAGCGGAAAUGGUCAAUUCCCCUCCGGAUUGGGGUUCGUCGAUGCUCAGUCGCACACAUGGUUCAGCUGCCUCAAUCAGCGACAUUCGGAAUCGCGACCAAGACCCCAGGAGACAGAAGAUUCCUCGAACAACUUCGACUCCAGCUCUAUCCAACCAGCAUAUGCAGUCUACUGGUAGUUCGCCCGGCGAGUCUGGCUUUAGCAGUCGACAACCGUCGAGACCUGGCAGCCCUGGACCUAAGAACACGGAUCAAAAUGGUGUUCCAACGACCUGCACCAACUGUUUUACCCAGACUACACCUCUCUGGCGUCGAAACCCAGAAGGUCACCCGCUGUGCAAUGCGUGUGGAUUGUUUCUCAAACUGCAUGGUGUUGUGCGCCCUUUGUCGCUGAAGACCGAUGUCAUCAAGAAACGAAAUCGUGGUAGCGGAAAUACGGUGCCCAUAGGGUCUGCGGCCACCAGAGCAUCCAAAAAAGCCUCUCGUAAGAAUUCAGUGCAGCAGACACCAGCAACUACACCGACUUCUGGCAAUGCUGCCAGCGAGCAGAAUUCGGCAUCCCCGUCUUCUGUGCAGGGCUCUGUGCACUCGGGAUCGGCUGUGACGACACCCACCAGCUAUCCACCUGGCACCACUGGAGGAAAACCUGGGGUCGUACCAAUCGCCGCGGCGCCACCCAAGCCCCCUGUCCAGCCUGGUCCCAACAUGACCAGACCGGUUCAGGUGACACCGAAACGCCAGCGACGGCAGUCACGGGCGUCAACCAACACAUUGCCCAUUAUACCCGGAAGCAGUGGUCCGACAAAUGAGGCGGAAAUGCACGACACUAGCCAGUCGACCCCCAGGGUCACUCAAGCCCCUGUUACCCGGGCCAAGGCGGCCAGUAUGUCUUCGACCGCAGGAGCCACCACAAUGGCAUCGGUAAUGCAGGGAGGUCUGCUCAACUCCGGUGUUGCGAACAUGGGUAGCGGUCCGCAUGGCAACAGCCAAGAAUGGGAAUGGCUGACUAUGAGUUUGUGA